AUGUUAACUCAAAAACAUCCUACAACUUAUCAUAGUCAACCGUUGCCAACAUCGUCAUCGUCAUAUCCAUCACAGUACUCAGCAUCGUCCCAACAACAACAACAAAAACAGUCAAAUAAUCCUGGACAAACAAAUGUUGAUCUUCAUCCACGUUCUUGUAUUUUAAGAAAAUGGCCACAUUACGAUGGUUAUGGUGUCGUAUUAGGAAGAAAUUAUACAUGGUACGGACUACGUAUUGGAGAUGUUGAACCAAAUAGUCCUGCUGAAAGUGGUGGUCUAUUACGUGAAGAUGUUGUUCUCGCUGUUAAUGGACGAUCAGUUGAAAAUGAAGAUUUUUUUGUUAUUCUAUCAUUUAUUCAACAGGAAUUAGAAAAAGAUGAAAUACGAUUUUUAGUAUUAGAUCCACAGGGUGCUGACGCAGCACGACGUAAUAAUAUUGUAAUUGAUGAACAUUAUUCAACAGUUGUACGAAUGGAAACACCAACGUUAACUGUUAGUCCAGAAAAAAUACUCUAUGAUCAAUGGUCAAGAGAUCCAACAUUAUCACAGAAUAUGAUACAUUUAGGACCAACAUUUAAUGGUUCAGAUUAUCAUCGUUCACCAUCCUAUGAUAGUCACAAGAAUAGAAAUAAUCGUAAUUUGUCAGGUAUUCAAGAUAAUAAUAAUUUAGUAUCACAACGUUAUCCUCAAAACCAUCAACAAGAAAUAAAUGAACAACAAGUUUAUACAUUUCCAUCAUAUUCGGACUAUGCAAUUGAAAAUGGAAGAUCAUUUCUUGAUGUUCUGUUUGAACGAGAAAGUGAUUUAGUUAAAAUUCAGCAUCAUGGGUAUUUACCAUUGGAAAAAGGGGAUUCUAGAACACUUGACAAGAAUAAAAAUACAAAAACAGAUAAGAUACCCGUAAAAGAGUUUAUAAAAUCGGGUAUUGAUACUAUAAAAACACGCUGGACAUCAAAAACUGGAAAACAAUCGGAUGAAUCUGAAUCCAGUGACACAUCAAGAAGAUCAUCUAAAGAUUAUGAUAGAAAAAAAAAGAUCACACCUCCAUCUUCUCCUAUUCAUAAUGAGAAUUUAAAUAAACAAAAAACAGAUAGUUCAUCAAAUAUUUCAUUUUUGGAUAAACUUAAAAAUAAAUUUCGAAAAUCUGGUAACGAUGUUGAUAAUGAACGUAUACGGCGAACAUCAUCGACAAAGGGUCAUCAGGAUGGUGUUGAUGAUUCUCAAUCUGAACCACGUAUGUGUACAUUAAUAACUCAUCCAGGCACAGAUGGUCUAGGCAUCUAUUUACAAGUGGAUAAAGAUUUUGGCCAUGUUAUUGUUGACGUUGAGAAAAAUUCUCCAGCUGAUUUAGCUGGCAUUGAAAAAGAUGAUUGUAUAUUAUCGUUGAAUGAUACAUCCGUAUUAACAUUACCGUAUUCGGAGGUAUUAGCAUUACUUAAAAAGAGUCGAAAUGAACAGAAUUUAAAUUUUUUGGUAGCUAAAAAGAGUUAUCUAUUAAAAGCGUCUGCGAAUGAUCCAACAUUCAUACCAUAUGAUUAUUCCAAUAAAUAUACGAAUAAUGAUCAACGUCAACAAUCCGGUGGUGAAGUUUUACCAUCAAGUAAUUUGCCAACAGCAUCUGCGGCACAAACACUAGAACAAUUAUAUCAAAAAUAUACAACAACAACCUCGACACCUGAUUCAACCGAUGAUGAUGGUGGAAAAGGAAAACGUGAAACAGUUUCAACGACAACAUCAACAACAGAUCGUUAUGAUCAAACUCGACAACCACAGUGGGAUAGAAAUAGUACGAUUAAUCAAGGAAUACGUGGAUCAGGACAACCAAACGCCUAUUCGAAUCAACAAAAACAACCGGGACAAAUUGUUCAGGGUGUUGGACCAGCUACUCAAGACGGAUCAUCAUGGCGUCGAUCCGAUCAGGGUGUUGGACCAGCUGCUCAAGACGGAUCAUCAUGGCGUCGAUCCGAUCAGGGUGUUGGACCAGCUGCUCAAGACGGAUCAUCAUGGCGUCGAUCCGAUCAGAGAUCACCAAUAAUCGAUGAUACGAGAACAACGACAGGAGCAAAAACAACAGCUUCGGGAGGAGUUAUUACUAGUCCAGCUUCAUCUGUCAGUUCAAUGUCACCAGAACGAAAACAAGAGAAAAAACCGGAUACAGACGAUUACACAAAACAUCGUCGUACUUCAUUAGAAGAUGCUUUUAAACCAUUACAAGUUGGUAUAACAAAUCCCACAGCUGUCUCACCAACAAAUGAACGAAAUCGAGUAUCAUCAUCGCACGAUCAAUCUCCUGUUGGAAAACAAGGUACACAAAACAGUCAAUCGAGCAUGGGUACUAUAUUUAAAGAAGCAUUAACUGGUACGCAUGAAGAUUUAACACAACGUACUAAUGUUCGACCAACAAUUUUACCUGAAUCCUAUAAUAAUGUAACACAAAGUCCAAAAGAGACAAGAUAUAAUUCCGAGAAAAAUUUACGAGCAGUUGAUGAAAUCCCGUCAACCAAACAAAUGACAUCACCAUCAUCAACAAAAAAAUAUCCAUCGACUGAUUCAAGUUUUCACGAAGAAAACAAACCAAUUCCACCUCAAACAUCUUCUAUAAAACAAGCUACGAGAAUAAGUCCAGAUACUAGUUUAGGUAAAAAUGAUUCACAUAAAAAAGUAGAAGAUAUGGCUUCUCAAAACUCGCCAUCACAACAACCUUCUUCUCAAAUGUAUCACGGAAAAACGUAUCUACAAUCACCAAUUAUGUCAGACGAUACUGACGAUGAUCUAAGCGAUAUAUCAGAAGAACCUGAAGAUGAAAUAAUCGAUUCGGUUAAGACAGUUGUCCAUUCGAAUAAUGGUGCGAUAAAUAUACAAGAUAAAAAAUCAGAUUUUUCUUCCUCAGUCGAGGAUAAAAAUCAAUCGGAAAUAUCGCCGACAUUAGACAGAAAAAAAAAACAACCGGCACCAAUAGCUAAUAAUAAUACUAAAUUACCAGCAAUUUCCUCUUCGGAAAAAUCUGCCAUCACUUUACCGGACGAAUCAUUAACAACACAAAAGCCAAUUAAUAAUAAUGCAUCAAAAGCUCGCGUACACUUUACAACUCAUAUAGAGAGCGAUGAAUCAGAGUCAGAGUCAGAAGCAACUUCACUAUCCUCAUCGUCUGUUGAGGAAAAUUUGCCUGUUGUUGAGUAUAUGUCACCAACUGACCAGAAGUUACAUGUUGAUGAUAUGCAGAAGCAAACAAUAAGCGAGAUAAACAAAACAAAACCUGAUGAAAAAAGAGCAUCUACUUUUACCAGCAGACGUAUUCCUGAUCGUAAAACUGAAAAUAUUGUAAGCAAAGAGGAUUUAUCUACCACGAAGAAAAAAGCCCCUUCUCCACCACAUUCUGUCAUUAAACAAGAUACAUUUCCUACACAACAAAUAAAUGCUCCUUCUGAUAAAUCUAUAAAUAAUUCAGAUUCAUUUGUCUCUCAGCAAAUUAUUUCCGAAAGAUCAACUAAGCCUCUGAAUGAUAAUGAAAUAUCUGAUGUAUCAGCUAAAAAUGCCGAAACUUCAGAUAGCAAACAGAAUAAGAACUUCCCUAUCAAUGAAAUAUCAUCUUUAACAACACGUUCGAAAGAGCAAGAAGAGGAUAAGAAAAAGGGUGAUUUUAGCAGAGUUGAAAAAAAUGAUUCACCGAAACAAAGUAUUACACACACGACCAACAGUUCAGUUGAAGAAAGUGAAAGUGAUUCUGACAAUGCCACUCAUUCAGAAACUCUAAGUCAGAAAGCGACUGUACAUGAUGCAACGGAGUUGGCAACAAUGCCAUUAUCCGAAUUGAAAGACUAUUAUGAUCUUCAUAAUAUUCAAUUGAUGCAGCCAACAGAAACAUCACCAGUUGGCCUCAAAUUAACUAAACAAACUGAACGAUUACAAUAUAUAAUUACAGCCGUUUCUAAAGGCACAAAAGCUGAAUUAGCUGGACUUAAAGUAAAUGAUUGGUUAAUUAAAAUAGAAGAUCGUGAUAUUAGAGAAACAGAAUUUAGUGAAGUAUCACAAGAAAUUAAACAUUUAUUAACAACUACGGGCAGAAUUAAUAUGGUUGUGGCACGUAAAAAAGAAGAACAAGAACAAUCAACACUAGAAACAACAUCACGUACAACACCACGAUCAACAGAGAGAAUAGCAUUGCGACACCAGCAACGAGAACAACAACCACAAUCCAUAUCAAAACAGACAAAUGCACCAUCAGUUCAAACUCCAAGUUCAUUAUUAACAACUGAUAUUACUCGUGAUACACCCGAUAAUACUCAAGUGAGAUUUCGUCGAGAUUCUUCAUCAUCUAGUUCAUCACCACAACGACGUACACAAUCUCCUGAUGGAGGUGCAUUUCGUGUCGGUCUAACAAAUCCAAUGACAGAUGAUACAAGUCCAACAAGAAAAUCACCAAGAUCUGUUUCAAAUGAUGAAGAAUCUCGUUCUCGUAGUCGCUCACCAUCGAACCCUACAACUGACAGAAAAUCACGAUCACCAACAAAACCCACAAUUGGCAUUAUUUCUCGUCAUCCAGAUGAUAAAUUAUCACCAAAUAGUGUCGAUCAACAAUUAUCUAAUGCACGUAUAAUUCAAUUGAAAGAAGCAUUAGGACUCGAUUUUAAUUCAUAUAUACCUGAAGGUGAUGAUACAAAUCAAACACAUUUCAUCAGUAAUGUUCAAUUAAUGGCGGAAAAUGCGGGUUUAAGAAAUGGUGAUAGAAUUCUUGAAGUUAAUGGUGUUAGCGUUACUCACCUUGUUCAUGAAGAUGUAAGACGAUUAAUGCAAAAUAAAAAACCAUUGAUUCUUAAAGUUCUUUAUUCACCUGAAUAUUUGGAUUUGAUUGAAAAUGCAAAAAAAGAUAAAAAUAAAAAAGAAUCACGAGGUAGUACUGGUUCACCACCGCCAGCCUAUGAAUCAUUAUCCGAUCAACCUACCGGUUCACAAUCAUUAAAUACCAAGUCUAGAAAUGAUGAAAUGAAAUCGCCUAGUCAACAAAAAUCAUCUAGUAAUGUUUAUGAAAAUGAAAAUAAGAAAAUCGUACCAGAUAAAACGAACAAAGAUCGUCAAUAUGAUUCAACUGUUAUUUUAAACGAUGAUAAAGGUGAAUUAAGUAUUAAAAGAUGUUAUUUAAGAAAAAGUCCUGUUUAUGAUGGUUAUGGUCUAGUAUUAAAAUAUCAAAAUAAUUUACAUUUAAUUGAUAAAAUUGAAGAAGAUUCACCAGCUGAUCAUGCUGGUCUAAAAGAAAAUGAUAUUAUUCUAUUUGUUAAUGAAAAAAAUGUUGAAAAAUCAACACAUGAUGAUGUUAAAAUUUUUAUUCGUUCUCUAUCAACAUCAAAUACAGAUAUUAUUUUAAUAUUAAUGAAUAAAAAUGAUAUACCACGAUAUCAAAAAUUUCAAGAACAUAAUACAAUUGAUUGGCCAAAUGUAUUGAAUAAUUUAACAUCAAAAACACAAAACCCAACAAAUCAGACUUUGAAUUCAGCCUCCAAUAUUAAUGAAAUAUCAAAGACCAAAGAAACAGUUUCUCAUCUUUCUUCACCAUCAAUUUCAUCUGCAUCAAAUAGUUCAUUACCAGCUGGUUCAAGAUUAUGUAAAGUUUAUCCAUCUAGUAAUCAUACAGCUGGUUUUGCUUUAAGUGGCAAUUCUGGACCACCGUUUCUUAUAUGUCAGAUAGAACCAAAUUCUCCAGCUAGUACAGCCGGUAUAGUUCUCAAUGAUGCCCUAUUAUUCAUCAAUAAAAAAUCUGUUAUGGACGUAUCGUAUGCAGAAGCCGUAAAAACGAUCAAAGAUGCAUUACAAGACACAGUUGUCGAACUAAUUGUUAAAACAACACAUGGUCCUAAUGAAUUAGGAGAAGGAAAAAAUAAAAAUUCAAUAUCAUCAUCUAUCGAUAGUGAUGAUGGAAAUAGAAAAAAAGGUUCGGCUAGUCUUGGCGAUGAUGAUCCAAUUAAAAAAUAUAAAGAACAACGAAAUAAAGAAUUAUCAUACAGUUUACGUUUAUGUCAUUUACAUACAAAUGGUGAUAUAUCGGCAACAUUUGGUUUUGAAUUAAGUGAAGUUGAAGGCCUUGAAUAUCCAAUAAUACAAAAAGUUGAUCCUGAAUCACCAGCUGAAGCUUCCGGUUUAUUAUCAGAUGAUAUUUUAUUAGAAGUAAAUGAUCGAAAAACCAGAGGUUUAGGCUAUGAAAGAGUUAAAAAAUUAAUUGAUAAAGCAAAACGUGAUGGUCGAUUAGAUAUGUUAGUAUCCGAUGAACAAACAUUUGAAUAUUGUAAAACAUCAAAAAAAAAAUUUCGUCAACCCGAUAUUAAAGUUCUUCAUAUUUAUCAAAAAAGUAGGUCAUCAGCCAAUAUAAAUAGUGCUAGUUUCAAUAAAUUACCAAUAUCUGCUACAGUAGACAUUAGUCAGAAUUCUACAACUAGUGAAAAUAAUUCAGAUUCAGAUGAUGGUACACCAGCAAACGAGAUUAAAACUACGACUACAACGUCUAAAGAAGUUAUACCUUUGAAAGAGAAACCACAGUCUACAACAACAACGGAAAAUCAGAGGAAUGUAUCAUCAUCUUUAAUGAAUACUGCACAAAAAACAUCUUCUCCUAAUACUCGUGAUUUGAAUUCAGCAGUUUCAACAGCAGCAAACACUAAUGAUAUUUCUAAACAAACGGUUAUGCGCCCAUCAACAGUAGCACAACGAUCAGUAACUAAACCUCCAGCAGUAGGUAGUUUACCAACGGCAGCUCCUGUACAGACACAAGCAGCAGGAAAGACUAGCGAAACAUUAGCACAAAAAGCUCAUGCUCCAUCUCCUCCUGGUAUCAAAAACACCACAACAACUCAUCCUAUACGAUCAGCACCAUCAUUGGAGAAUCCAGUAAUAUCAGCACCAACACAAAAUUUUCAUCCUAAUACAUCUCAUUAUUCAACGGUUACAUCAACCGAAAGUUUUGAUUAUUUGAGCGGACCACGAAAAUGUAUACUGAAAGUCGAUCGUACCAAAGGUCUUGGUUUUGUACUAUCAGCAACGGGCGAUUAUGAUCAUACAAUCACAGCUGUAGAACCAAAUUCAUCAGCUGAUGUUGCUGGUCUUCAAGUAUCCGAUGAAGUAUUAGAAAUUGAUGGCACAGAAGUGACAAAUAUCAAAUAUGAAGAGGUUGUUGAAAUGCUUGUACAUGCAAUGAGAACAAAUGAUCAAAUUGAAAUGAAAGUAAUUGAUAAUCGAAGUCGGGAUUAUUAUUCAAAAAAACGAAAUGUAUCACAAAUUAUUCAUACUGUACCAGAACCACGUGUCAUACCUACAACAAUAACUAAACUUGUUCAAUCGACAAAGUCAACUGUUGAUAAUGAUAAUUUAUCCGAUGUUACAAGUUCAUUUGGUGGUUAUGAUACAAUAAAUCAACAGUCAAUAGCUACAAGUUUUCCAAAUUUACCAGCACAAUUACAAAAUCGAAAUCUUUAUAGUCGAACAUUAUCAGGAAGUGUACCAAAUGUAUUUACAGGCAUUACAGCAAAUAGAAAUGGAAAUAUGAUGUCUCAAUUGACAUCAUCAGAGAAAGGAUCAAUGGCUAAAUUAGCUGAUAUUUCAGUAGAAGAAGCACCCGUUGCACGUCUAUGUCGUAUAAGAAAAUUUCCAACAUCACCAUUCUAUGGAUUUUUCUUAUGUGGUGAUCCAAAAAAGCUUGGACAUGUGUUCGUGUCUGAUGUAACAAAAAAUUCACCGGCUGCCGUUUGUGGUCUACGUGAUGGAGAUCGAAUUAUUGAGAUAAACGGUCAAACAAUUGAAAAACUAAAAUAUGAAGAUAUUCUAGAAAAUAUUAAACACCAUAUGUCUCUAGAUGAUCUCGAAUUACUUCUAUUGGAUAAAAAAUCUCUACAUUGGUAUAGAGGCAAAAAUUAUCCUGUUAGUUCAAGAACAUUACCAACAAUAAUUCAUAUUGAGCCAAUUAUUAAUGAAAUAUCACGAACUACAAAACCGGUACCGAUUCCAGCUACAUUUACAAAAGUUGUCGGAUUUGCAGAUCGUCGAAUGUCAAAAACAGGUCUUUAA